UUCAGAUUCCUUCUUUUUUCACGGAGGCGUUUUUUCCCCUGUUGCCACGCAGUACUACCGCAGCUAUACCGUCCCAUUCUCAAUCACUCGGAUUUUUAUGAUUUUUCCGGGGUUUUAUCAGGCUCAAUGGGCGAUCGUGACGAAUAAUGAGGACGCGAUUGUGAGGGGCGAUGGGAGAAGGGAAACGCAGAUGGUCUCGAGUCCCAGAUUAUAACGAUGGAAUUCACGUACACUUGAGUGAAUACCAUUUUUGUAACCCAGAGAAUAACAUUCCCCCGUCGAUUGGUCCCUCUGACAGUGGGACUGCUACUGAGGCAGUUACCGAUUCGGCUGAUGGGCAGACACUCCAGGAUUGCGUGUGGCACCCUCUCUCCCUUGGAGUGAGGUACUACGAUGCCGGUGGAGUCACUCAAACCCCCAGAACUGAGCUUCUACUUGAGUCAAUCCUCUUUGCUAUCCUCUUUGGGGCUUCCACUUUGUCCACUUGGUCUUCGCUUGCCGGCACUGCCUCAUCCCGUGCCUCUUUUUUAACGAAUAAUUAUUAAACCACCAAAUAAA